UUUCGAAGCUCUCUUUCCCUCACUAUGUUCUAGGGAUUACUUUCGACGCAAUGGUUUCUUACAGGCGCCUCCAAUCCACAGUGGAGGUGGUGCUGGCGGGAUCGCCAUCGCCACAGCAGCGCACGGAGCUCUUCCAUAUGCUGCAUUUGUGCCGCCCAGAGUUCGAAUCGUUCCUCCUCUAUCCGGAGCCCAAGGCAGCCGAUCGAACAGAGGUUUUAUCGAAAGAAGUGAAGCUGCCGGACGCGCCGCCCACCGUGCUCGACGAUCAGGAUGUUCAAAUUGCUUUGAAACUCAGUGACGACUAUCAUUUGAAUGAGAUCGAUUGCGUGAGUCUUCUCGUCGCUGCUCAUCAAGAGUGGAAUCUCUUAGGACGUGAGCCUCUCGAGGGCCUCCGACUAUCAGCAGGGUUGUGGUUCACGGAAAGAAGAGCGCUAAUCAACUCCUUGCAGCUUAUUCUGAGAGCCGUUGUGCUUGACGAAGAGCUUGAUCCAGACUUGGUCGUUGAUCUUCGACAAUACAUCGAGAGUUUGAUUGACGCUGGACUACGCAAGCGACUUGUGACACUUAUCAAGGAACUUGGUCGCGAAGAUCCGUCUGGCUUAGGCGGGCCAGGGGUUGAGCCUUAUGUUAUGGAUGCCAGGGGAGCUCUUGUACUACGUCAUGACGUCGCACUUAGAGAACGGCUUAGCAUAUGCCAGUGUUUGGUCUUUUCAUGCCUUAUUGUUCGGAUCAAUUCGCAAGAAGCAAAAGACAUCUAUGGUCUUGUUAAGGACUGUUCGGGAGAUCCAUUUUCGUCACAAUCCGUCGUCAAGCUUCAGAUAGCGUACACAGUGAUGUUUACCCUUGCAAUCUCGUUAAUAUCGGAUGCUCUCGGUGGUGGUCACGAGAUGGGAUCUGUGCUUUCGCCAGAUGCUGUAUUUCGCCGUGAGUUCCAUAAUCAGGUUAUGGAGGUGGGGCUUGAGAGCACAACGAAAGGUUUUACAGAUGUCAUUAGACUAGUAUGGGGGGUCUUCCUUAUGUCUAACGUUGACACGAGCGGUAUUUCAAUCAACGAAUCACAAUCUGAUAUAACAAAUGCUCGAGCAUGUCUUGAUCACGCUUGCGAGCAGAACGUUUUUAAAUUCCUCGUUGAGAAAAUUUUAAAAGCUGCCGCCUUCGAGAAUGAUGAUCCAGAUCUUGUGUUCAUGUACAAUGCUUAUUUGCACAAACUUUUCAUAAUAUUUUUGUCCAAUCCAAUCGGCAGAGAGAAGAUCAAAGAUUUGAAGAAUGUCGCCAUGUUUUCUGAUCCAUAUCCGACCGAGGAGCCAAUGGAGGAUGAUUUGAUAACACGCCGUCAAGCUAUGCAAACACAAGCUGAUCCUUUUAUAUCUUUGCUCGAGCUUAUAUCAGAAGUCUACCAGAGAGAACCAGCACUUGUUUCUGAUAAUGAAGUUCUUUGGAACUUCAUAAGAUUCAUAAGCGAAGACCAUUCAAGCUACCUUACAUUAGUUGCUUUUCUCAAGAUGCUGGUUGGAUUGGCUUGCAGUGAGGAAGGGGCUAGACAAGUGUACCAGAUGCUACAGAACAAGACUUUCCGUACUGUUAGUUGGCAGACGCUUUUUAAUUCGCUCAAUGUCUAUGAGGAGCACUUCAGACAUUGCAUUCAAACAAGCGGUUCUUUGCUCCCUCCUUUUCAGGAGGGAGAUGCCAAAGCUCUUGACGCCUAUUUGCAAGUUUUGAAAAAGGUCUUGGAGGCUGGUAGCGAGGUGGAAAGGGCACUCUGGUUCCCGGAUAUUGAACCGCUUUUUAAGCUUCUCCCAUUUGAAAAUGUUCCACCGUAUUUGAAGGGAUCUUUGCGAAAUGCAAUCUCUGCCUUUGUUCCGUUAUCUCCAGUUAUAAGAGACAGAGUAUGGAGCUUACUGGAUGCUUAUGAUCUUCCUCUGUCAGCUGCCACUACAUUGGGAGGAGCCAAUGUGCAACAAGUUUACGACAUGACGUUUGAACUGAAUGAAGUGGAGGCAAGGCAAGAAGAAUAUCCCUCUACAAUUUCAUAUUUGAACCUGCUGAAUGUUCUGAUGGCAAAUGACCCCGACAAGUCUCACAAGGGUCAAAAAUUCGCUGGCAUAUUCAAGUUUGUCCGAGAUCAGGUGUUCGGUCCGUAUGCUCAAAGGGCCUAUGCUGAUCCCACAUAUAAAUGGCAGAUGGUGGUUGCAUCCCUUAGGCACUUCCAAAUGAUGCUGACGCUAUAUGAUGUGUCCGAGGGGGAUCUUCAAAAUUCCUUGGAAGGAUCUGAGCAGAGCUUUGGCGGAGCAAAGCUGUAUCUUCCACCAAUUGAAAUAAUGAAGGAUUUGAUGGGCGGAAAAUCUAUCUUCCGAAGUCUCAUGAGCAUUGUUAUGCUUGGAGCUGAUUUUGUACUGGAGGAACGCAUUAGCAAAAACUAUGGUCCAUCUCUUGAGGAAGCGGUGCAGCUUUGUUUGGAGCUUUUAGUUAUUGCCUUUCAGAAAGAUAUUUUUUAUGCCGACCACUGGCGACCGAUUUAUCAGACUAUCGAUGCUAUAUUGUCGCAUGACAGCCGCCAAAUCAUAACCUUGAUCCAGUACAUCCAUUAUGAAUCGCUAUCAACUAUCCAACAUCUGUCGAUCAAGAUCAUGGAUGUCUUUAGGUGCGAUUGUUUUACACCAUCGAAUUGCGCUAAAAGAGUUUUAUUGGACAGUUCUCGAUUGCCACACAUAGUUUCUUUAAUUGUCGAUGCCAAUGCCGCAACAAAUCUUGUUGAGGACUAUGCAGCCUGUUUAGAAGCCCGCAGUCAUGAACUUCAGACUUCUGACUGUGUUAAAGAAGAUUCGGGCUCUCUUAUUUUGCGGCUGCUUUUGUCAAACUUGAAUCGACCUUCUCCAAAUCUAGCUCAUUUGUUACUCACGUUUGACAUAGAUCAACCUGUUGAACGGACAAUCCUUCAACCAAAACGCGUAUACAGCUGCAUGCGAGUUAUAUUGGAGCUUCUGGAAUCACGCGCGAGGCCAGAUGCAAACUCCUCGUUGCACGAGCUGGGAUUUCAGCUGGUGUAUGAGCUCUGUGUCGAUGAAUUUACAAGUGGCCCGAUGCUUGACCUUAUGCGAACGGAGAAAUACGAUUUCUUUUCUUGCCAUUUGGACUCUGCUUGUGAGCCACUUCCUAAGCGAGAGACAAACCAUUCUUUACGUAUUAGCAGUUUGCAGCAGAGAGCAUGGCUUUUUAAGCUAUUGGCACUGGAUUUGCAUGUCAGUGACAUGGAUGUUUUGUCACAUCGUCGGAGUUGUCGUCGCCUUGUGGGGAAGCUUUUUAUGGACGAAAGCGUGGAUCCUCUGCCUGUGACAAAUGCCGUGCCGGCGUUGCUUACUAACUAUGGCCUUCAAAAAAUGAAGGUUCUGGAGCUCCUUGAUAUCUUGCAGUUUUCUUUGGCAGAGCCUCCAACCGAAAUUCCACAGUGCAUAGAAGACUUUAAAGAAGAUUUGAAGGUUGAAGAGAUUCUGAACAAUCCAGCAUUGGUCGACGAUGGUGGCAUCUAUACGCUUUCAGAACGUGGCGACAGAAUAAUCGAUCUGACUGCUUUCAGGGACAAGCUUUGGCAGGCGUGCAAGAGGCUAGAAAUGCAAUAUAACAUUUUGGCAAAUGAGCGACGCCAAGUGGCAGUACGUGACGCCGUGCAGCAGCUACUUAGGUGGGCAUGGAAGCGCAACAAGUUUUUGGAAGAACAAGCUGCACAGUUACACAUGCUUGUGGGAUGGACCCAACUAGUAGAGGUGACAUUCUCCAGACGAUUUGAGUUCUUAGGGAACCGCAUUCAAGUGAUCUAUGACACACUGGAAGCGGUUUUGGACGCAAGUUGUUCUUCAGACUGUUCUUUGAGCAUGGCUUAUGUCUUGAGCCAGGUUGUGCUGACAUCAAUGGCAAAACUUCAAGAUCAUGGUAUAUUUGCGCCUGGUGAAGAAGAUUACAAUGAUGACGCUACAUAUGGAGAUGUUUUGACAACGGUCCGUUUACCCAAUACCGCGUGCCAGACCAUCCUCUCGAAACUCCUUACCGGUGUAUUGCGACCUGAGUCAUCUGAAGCUUUAAGACGAAGGCAAUUUGCAUCUUUGUUAAGCUAUUUUCAUUAUUGCCAAGGCAUGGUAAAUUCGGAACUUUCGGUUUCCAUGAUGCGGGGACUUUUGAUGGAGGGGCAAGACGGCGUUGAGGACACAGAAUUCGAAAAGCUAGAAGGGGAUCAGGCCGAACUUGCUCAAAUGAACUUUAAUAUGCUUAGGCAGGAGGCUACUGCCCUGCUUGACUUGGUUGUAAAAGAUGCAUUACAUGGAAGUGAAACGGGAAAGGCAAUUGCGUUUUAUGUUCUAGAGGCACUUGUGGCGGUUGAUCGUAAUCAGCUGUUCUUUGGACAUUUGCAAAGCAGGGGUUUAUUGAACAGCUGCUUCACUGAUAUUAGUACAAAUUCUUAUCAGGCUUUAAUUCUACCUUCUCGUGACAUGAUCCGACGUCUAUAUACUCUUGAGGCUGAAUUGGCAUUACUUUUAAGAGUGUGUUUUCACAACAAGAAACGAGGCGCGCAAGCAUUGUUUGCCAUGGGUGCCAUCCAACAUCUGUCAUCCUGUAAAGCUAUUGAUGUCCAGCUGACGGACGAUGCGAGGAAGGAGCAUAUGGGAAUUGGACUGCCAUCACAACAUGACAGGCAGCAUCAGAUUGUCAUACCCGUUCUGAGGUUGAUUUUAUGUUUUACGACGCUAAUUGACACAGGAAGAAAAGACCGCGAUGAAGUAGCUCUUGAAGUUCUAGAGUUUGUUAAACUUCAUCAUGGUUUGUUCGACCGUAUCUUGCGAGACGAUGGGACGAAAAUGUAUCUGGCAGACCUCGAAGAACUCCAUUUGGCGACUGCAAUUUUAUCGAAGGUGUGGCCAUUCGAGGGCUCUGAGGACUUUGGCUUCAAACAAGGCCUGUUCAAUUUGGCAUACAUAUAUUUCGCGCAGGAUAAUCAAUCACGUAGUGGAUUCAUUCAGUUUUCUAAAAGCCAACGUCAAAAUAUGGGGGUACCUGCUGAGGACUCAAAGAAAAUAGAGCUUCUUGUGACGCGCCUUCGUGGCAAUCUGGUUUCCUACAUUCACACAUUAGUCAGCAAGCAGGGAAUGAGACUAAACAUCUCUGGAACAGACAGUUCUGAGGUGGUUAUGCGACACUACACCUUGGGACUUCAAAGGCAACCCAGCCUCAAGCUUGUCUCAAGUCUUUUGGAACAGGCGGCUUUAGAUCUCGAAUCUUCUGCGGAAGAGAAAAUGCUUAUCGUGGCUAAGCUUCCUGAUAUUAACGAGCUUACAAGGCAGGAAGUCGAUGACAUCGCAAAGUCUAAGCAAGGGUCCGAAAUGGAAAGCAUGCGAAAGAGAAGGUACUUGGCAAUGGUGGAGAUGUGUACAGAUGCCAGCAUCCGCGAUACUCAAAUCGCUUGCCUUGUUCUCGUCGUGGAGCAAGCUUUGGAAAUCCUCUACCUCCAUGUCGAAGCGAUACAAGAAGCUGCUCAAGGAGCCCAGGAUUCAACGCAGGCACACAAAGGGGAGCUAGAUGCUCUUGGGCAGAAGCUACUCCCAACGUUUGAGAAGCUGGAGUCCAUCAAAGAGGACAAGGUAGGACGAGGAGUGAAGCACAUCCACAGGCUCAUUUACUCUCUAAAGUCCCAAACUCGGCGGUACUUCGAUUGAAUGUACAAUUAGGAUGAUCAAAAAAGGGGAGCUGAAUCUCUCCAGACAGAUUAUGGUGUAGAGUUUGCAAGGCGAUUGCCUCACGGAAUACUUUCAUGCGCGUCCACGGCGAGCUCGUUAAAGCCGCCAAUUUUCAAAUUAAUCUUACUUUAUAAGUGCGUGCUCACGCUUCCCAUUU